CGACUCACAUGCUGCAUGCACAUGCAGCGGGACUCGAACGAAACAUUCCAAUGUCAGUCCAACUGCCUCGCCUCCUUUCACGCUAACCAUCCACCAAUGAAAACGUGAGAGAGAAUAAAGCGAGAGGCUGGGAAGUGAAAAGGUUGAUGUUAUUCGCUGGAGGAGCGUGACAGAAAGAGACUGAGAGCCUGAGAGGGUGUGUGCAAGUCUGUAAUCCUUGGCAUACAAAAACAAAAACAACUGAGGUUGAAAGGACAAGGGCAGUGAGAAAGAGAAAAAAAUCGAGGACAUAGGCAGUCACAUUUUUAAAGCACCUGAAAACGUGCUGCUACAGUGUGAGCACCUAUUAAUGGGCGUGCGUCUCUUAAACUACUUCCACAUAGUGUUGUGACUUCACUAGCACCUGUGCUGAAAUUCUUUGGAUUGUCUUUCUCCCCCACCAGAUCCUACCUCUACUGUACCUCACACAUCCUGUUCAGGACAACUCAGCCAAGUUAGACAUCAGACGAAGCAGGCUAAGAACGUUCUGUCGUUUCCCCCUCAUCUGUGGGGCACUGACAAUUACUUCUGACUGUCGGCAAUUUUCUCCAAUUUGAGCACAGUUGCUCUUAAGCUAUUUUUUAUUCUUGAAGGGUUGACACGACCCCUAUGUUACGGCGUUUAUUGGUUAUAUCCUGCCUUCUCUGGAAACGCGGGUAGACAUUACGCUUUCAUCUAACCUGACGCCAGCUUUUAUUGAUGCAGAGGGACAACUAAUACAGGGUCACUUUUCCUCAUUCUCAACCAAGUCAAGGAAGCAUCGCUACAAUGGAUAACAGUCCAGGUGGAAGUGUCAUCUUAUAUGCUGGGUCAACAGGCAGUGCCAGCCCCAGUCCUGGCAGCCCCGGCAGCCCCUCCAGUGGGUACCAGACGCAGUCGCCUUCCUCCCAUUCCCAGCCCUCCUCCCCUGAAGAAGUUUCCUUCACUGAGAUCGGGGUCCUGAAGCAAAGAGCUGGCACUGGCAGUGGUUGCAUUAGCAAUGGCUCCAAUGCCAGCAGUGCCACCAACAAUGACAGCUCAGGAGUGGGCACCCCUACCUCAGCCAGACUGGUCUUUCAGUUCCCGGAGGUCAGCAGCGCCUCCGUUGCCACGGCGGUGACCCCUACUAUGACCUCUGGAGGUCAGCAGUCCUACUCUCACCCCAUGGUGGCUAAGAGACCGUAUGGCUUCACUGGGACUUUUACAAAGACAGGAGGGAUGGUUCUUCUGUGUAAAGUAUGUGGCGACAUUGCAUCAGGAUUUCACUACGGUGUCCAUGCAUGUGAAGGCUGUAAGGGUUUCUUCCGCCGGAGCAUCCAGCAGAACAUCCACUACAAGAUGUGCGUGAAGAAUGAGAACUGUCUGAUCAUGCGCAUGAACCGCAACCGCUGCCAGCACUGCCGCUUCAAGAAGUGCCUGUCUGUGGGCAUGUCCAGAGAUGCUGUGCGCUUUGGGCGUAUUCCUAAACGGGAGAAACAGAGGCUGCUGGACGAGAUGCAGAGCUACAUGAACAGUCUCAAUGAGUCGGCCUCCAUGGAGAUCGACGGCUCCCCUCCCCCCGAGACCCCGGCCAGUCCUGACCAGAGCCAAUCCGAAGAAGCAAUCGGGUCUAUCUCACAGACGUAUUGCAACAUCUAUGUGAAAAGUGAGGAGCAAGAUGUCAAGCCCGUCAUCAAUAACAACAACAACAACAACAACAUGAACAACAAUGUCAGCCCUGCCAGGUUCCACGGCAACGGUGGAAGGUCGCGGGACAGCAACCACCCGCAGUCCCACUCCCAUGAUGCCCCUCGCGAUCAGAGUUACCACCGGCCAGCCCACGUCUGCAUUACCACCCCAGCCCCGCCCGGGCUGCCCUACCCGGCCAGUCCUGACCAGAGCCAAUCCGAAGAAGCAAUCGGGUCUAUCUCACAGACGUAUUGCAACAUCUAUGUGAAAAGUGAGGAGCAAGAUGUCAAGCCCGUCAUCAAUAACAACAACAACAACAACAACAUGAACAACAAUGUCAGCCCUGCCAGGUUCCACGGCAACGGUGCGUCGCAGGACAGCAACCACCCGCAGUCCCACUCCCAUGAUGCCCCGCAUCAGAGUUACCACCGCCAGCCCACGUCUGCGUACCACCCCAGCCCCGCCCGCUGCCCUGUCACUCACCGGGAGAACGCCACGCUCGACAACAGUCAUUACACACACCCAGCCUCAUCCAAUCAGAGUCAACAUUGCCCUGCCUCUCAGAACUACCAGGCCAAUCAAAACAGCCACUCCAUCAACGAAACACAGGCACCCACCUCUUGUCCUUUCAGGUUGGGUGGAGGAACCAAAGUGCUGGCGUGUCCCCUGAAUGCGAGCCCAGUGACCCCCGCGGGGCGUUCUAGCCAGCAGGUGUGGGAGGCUUUCUCCCAGUGCUUUACCCCAGCGGUCAAAGAGGUGGUGGAAUUUGCCAAGAGCAUCCCCAGCUUCCAGGCUCUCAGCCAGCAUGACCAGGUUAUGCUGCUCAAAGCAGGCACUUUCCAGGUUCUGAUGGUAAGGUUCUGCUCACUGUUCAACGCUAAGGAGCGCACCGUGACGUUCCUGAACGGGCAGACAUACCCACUGGUCACUCUGCGGGCCCUGGGCAUGGGCUCUCUGCUGGAUGCCAUGUUUGAGUUCAGCGAGAAGCUCUCGUCAAUGGCCCUGGAGCCAGACGAGAUGGCCCUCUUUAUGGCUGUCGUGCUGCUGUCUGCAGACCGGGCAGGCAUAUCAGAUGUGGGAGCGGUCGAGCAACUCCAGGAAGGCCUGAUUGGUGCACUGCGGGCGCUCGUAACCCGUCGUCGCCCUGACGACAGCUCGCUGUUCCCCAAGCUCCUUCUGAGGCUACCGGACCUGCGCACGCUGAACACCCUGCACUCAGACAAGCUGCUGGCCUUCCGCAUAGACUCCUGAACUACUUACUUACUUCCUUAUCUAAACCCCACACCCAACACCUCUUGAGCACAAUGUAGACCCACCCCACACGCAAACACGCAUACACACAAACAAAGUCCUCAGGAAGGACUUGAGUUGGUGACCUGUAAACAGACUUGGUCCAUGCAGGUGGAUGAGUGGUUGUACAUUUGAAUCCACUCAUGGUAUCACUACGACGACUGAACAGACCAGCCCGUUUAAAAGAAAAGAAAAGAAAAAAAAAUACAGGAACAGGUGUGUUGGCUGUGGACGUCCUCCAGGUGUUCUACAGAGACUAAGCCUCCACUAGCACCUUAUCACUCCACGUUUGAUGUUCCAAACACUCAAGACUGAAGGACCUUUUCCGUGGGCAACCACCACAUCGAUGGACAUAAAAUGUCCGCUAAAGCUAAGCUACGAGGACUUUGUCAGACUGAGGAGUGGAAAAAAGAAAGACUGUUGUAUCUAUUUUUAUAAAUACAUAACUAGAGAGAGAGCAGAAACUUACCGUGGCCUUUGGCUGUCUUUAUUCCCUUUAGUGUUUCAGUUUAAUGAGACAUUUCUAAGGGGAGAGAGAAGUAGAGGAAUAUGACUAAGGAGAUGAGUGAAGAAUAUUGUUUAUGUGCAAUGCUUUUACUGUCAAAUGUCAUUGAAUGGGCUGAUUAGAAUUGUUACCACUUUUGAGGGGACAUAAGGAUCCUUGGAAAGACAUAGGACAUUCUGCUUUUUGAAGUGCUACAAACGACUGAGUUCUCCAAACAGUUCCGAAAAAUCCGAUGCAGUGUGUUUUUUUAUCAGUCGCUCUCCUCUAUGCUCUGUAGAAACAGAUCUGUUAGUAUGAUUACCCAUCUCCUUUCAUAUAUGCAUACACAACUAGACAUAAUGCAAAACAAUCCUGUAGUAGGCUGGGAGAUUAUCCUACUGAAGACACUCACAAACAUGGUACACAGCCAUCCACAGUCCCUCAGGGGGAAACAACACACUUCUAAUGCAUCAAUGAGCAUCAACAAAAUCCUCCAACUCUACCAAAUCACACUAGCAGUUCAUUCCUCUCCCAGUUUCCAGCCUAUGACAGGCUCUUUUAGAAACAUGUGUUUGUUACUCUGUGUCAUUGCUACAAUUACAAUGAAAAUAAGCUGUUUUAUAUUUGGGCAUACAUGAAAUAUCUCUAUGACAUUUGAAAGAUAUAAAUUGUAUAUGAGUAAAUGCUUUAUAUGAGAAAUGCCAGUGAUCUUUUGUGUGGUGGAAUUUGGGAGCUAUGAGUAAUUUUGUCUAUACCCUAGAGGAGAGAUGUAUAGCCAAUUUUCAGGGGUUACACUGUUGUAUAUAUUGUAUAGUUGUGGAUCUAAAUACCACUCCUGUAGAGAAGAAUUGGUUAACUCUGCUCUAGUUUGCAGCGCUCAAUAUUAAAGGGCUUCUUAUAUGGAAGAAAAGGGGCUUUGCCUGAGAGAAGGAGGGGUCAUUAUUUCGGGUCGGUCAUCCCUUUAUUGGGAGAAAUGACCACAGUUCUAAAAAUAGCCAGAACCAAAUACGACCUCUCAACUUUCACCUCAGCACCUUGGUUUGUGUCACUGGAGGCCAGUCGAUCUACACGUGAGUCUAAACGAGGCUUCAGGAUUGUUUUUUUUUUUUUUUUUUUGUGAUUUUGAGACUCCUGCUGUUAUUCGAACUGACAGCCUAGCACCCUCCCAAAAAACUCUACCAACCCAUCAUUGUAUAUUUUGUAAAUGUGCUCUGUUAUUCUUCUUCUGUAGAAAUUAUAUUAAAUGAAAAUGAUCCAUCAUAUUCAA